GUCGAGGAGCCGGUAUAAACGAUGCUUUCACGGUAACCUGUUCCAGUUGUGUUGUUAUCCACUCACUGUACACUUGAAGAAUAGUAUGUAUAAAGUACUUCACAAUCAAGACAUCAAACACGAGUGCUCGCGGUCAGGGGGACUGCAUGCGUAUCCUGAUCAUUUCAGGGAACCUAAAAGGCUCUACCUUUAAACCAGCCGUCUGCUAAAUGAUCAUCUAAAGGUUCCUGUCCUCUGAUAAGCCGAGUAAGCUCGAAGGAUCGAACAGUCACGCGGGGAUAUAAAGGAGUCGAGAGAAUUCGACUGUUUGCACUAUUCCAACCCCCAUACAUCCGACGCAUACAUCAACCUAGAACGCACUGAUCAGACAUAUAGCUAAAACGCGACGAAAAAGUUGUCGAGAAGAGAGCGAGAGCAACGAGAGCGAAGAUGAAGCAACAGGCGUCGGACGAAUCCCCUUUAUGGGUGAAGUUACUUUCCGCAGGCACAGCGGCCUGCAUCGCUGAUUUAGCCACGUUUCCUUUGGACACCGCCAAAGUCAGAAUGCAGAUUGCCGGAGAAAGUCGUCCUCUCCUGCUGGCGACCACGAACGGCUCUAUGCUGGCGGUUCGAAAUACGCAGCUAGGAUUAUGGAGGACAGUAGGGAACAUCAUCAGACUCGAAGGAGCAAGGAGCCUGUACGGAGGUCUGUCCGCGGGACUCCAGAGACAGAUGUGUUUCGCCAGCAUACGAUUGGGCCUCUACGACGGGGUGAAGUCACGCUACGCUGGAAUCAUCGACGGUAAUAACAGGAGCGGAUCGAAGAGUAUCUCCGUACGAAUCGCCGCUGGAAUCACUACUGGAGCCCUGGCGGUGCUCUUUGCUCAGCCGACCGACGUCGUCAAGGUCCGCCUACAGGCUGGAAGUAACGGACGAUCGUCGGUGAGAUACAGCUCGACCCUGCAAGCGUACAAGAAUAUCGCUGCCGAAGAAGGGACACGGGGCCUUUGGAAAGGAACCAUCCCCAACAUCUCGAGGAACGCGAUCGUGAACGUGGCUGAGAUCGUCUGCUACGACAUCAUCAAGGAUUUCAUCCUGGACUACGGCUACCUGCGCGAUGGGAUUCCUUGUCACAUAACGGCCGCCGUGGCGGCAGGACUGUGCACCACCUUGGCUGCUAGUCCCGUGGACGUGGUGAAGACGCGUUACAUGAACAGCGCCCCUGGCGAGUACAAAGGCGUGAAGGAUUGCGCUGUUCGCAUGCUGAAGAAGGAAGGAGUGGCAGCGUUUUACAAAGGCUUUGUGCCCAGCUUCACGCGUCUGGUGUCCUGGAACAUCGUUCUAUGGAUCACCUACGAGCAGUUCAAGGUCUACGCGAAGAAGCUGAACGGCGACCGCUAAGCACCAUCCCGGUCACGCCGUUCUCGUCGAUCGACCUAGACGUAUCCGUCGAUUCGCGAAAUGUACACGCACGAACCGUGUUUUUAAUCAACUACAGCUUCAUAAUCUGUAUUUCGAUCGGGUAGCUUAGGGAUGGGAGGAUGUAUGUAUAACGUGUAUCUGGUAGAUUUGGUCGUUACGAGUAGAACCUCCUGCCUGCCGUCGUUCGCUGUUUAUCAUGGUGUUUGAUCGUGACACGUGUGUACCUAUAAGUUCUCUUCUAAGUAGAUAGUGCAUGUGACCGAUUCGUUAAACGUUACUAUUACUUUGUAUUGAUUGUCGGAGUAGGCCGGGUUCUCGAUGAAUUUCAUAACGUUUAAGGAUCUAUCGUAGGUGGCAGCCGUUGUGUCUGUCGCUAGCUUUUCUACCUAAUACGUAUCCGUAUGUAAUAACGACUCCUAGGAUUCUUGCCUAUGCAUACGUAGAGGGCGCGUAUACGAUUUACCAUAGAAAAGCUGUUACGCUGCUGCUUCGUAGAGUAUAAUUGUCCGCACGAAGUUAGAUAUUAGACUUCCUUUCUCGUUACUAAAAUAUUUAAGUGUAAGAGAAUUUAAGCACAAUUCCGUUUAUAUCGUUAAAAUAGAUUCGUUAUAAACGACGGCAGCCGAUUCUCCCAUCGUCUAUCAAUAUAUUUUCGAUUUUCUUUCCGUAGGUAUGACCGCGCGUGCACUCGUCAUCGGGGUUGUCGCGUCGGUGUCAACGUCCGCGAUUCGGCAUCGUGAGAAACGGAAGAGAAAUGUCCGUCCAAAAUUAUCUGACACGCGAUUCCGGUACCAUUCGAGGUGAUCGUGAUUGGCCUAUUUCAAACGAUCGAUCGAAAGGGAACGGGAAGGACGAGAAAGGAGCGCUCUUUUCUCAGGAGAGUGUCGCUUUUUUCAUCGAGUGCACGUACGAUCGAGAUGUUAGAAGUCUCUGAAUAAUCCAUAACGAAACAUUUUUGGCUACGUAAGUCAGCUUUAGAGGUAUCAGUAGGACAAUAGAGGAAAAGAAUUUCUCCCCCGAUGAAUAUCUAUUAUAAAAUCGCGCGCAUUACGAUACGCCAGACAGACAAUAAGGUUUCAAAAUUGAUUUUAACGUGUUUGCGAAAUUCGUUGAUAACUGCCACACACAUACACAUCAUUCGAAUGAUUUCCGUUUCUAGACUCCGAUUUAUUCUUCGACGCACUGUAGCCAACGAGCUAACCGAUGAUCCUUCGCUAUGUCUACAUACAAUUGUAAUUCUUUCUUCUAAUUAUUACGUUACGUUUGCGGGAUGAUUUGUCGCAAUCGUUGCUAGAUAUCGGAAAAAGUACGGGCGAGUAUUUCACGCAAUCUCAUUUCGGGUCAAUUAAUAUUAUACAGGGCACAAUUUUUAUCGAAUUUCGAUCGACCAUUUGUAGUCUGUUUUUAAGGCUAUGUUACCAUCUAUUGAUGUACGUUUCACAUUAAAGAGCAAUUCUUAUCUUAUUAAUUCCGACUGUGUCAUCAAUCUACUGCUUUAUUUAUCUUUUUUUUUUUAAUUUUUACUUCAUUUUCCGGUUCACGCAGUUUACCAUCAAUCGAUAAACGAAACCUAUGUCUUCUAGGGGUGCACAAGUUUUCAACGUCACGUCGAUCCUCGUAAUCUGUAAUUGUAGCUCGAGUACUGUACAGUAUUAAUUGCGACUACGUUUAAACGUGAAUCGUUGAUAGACCAAUUCUUUACGAUGACGACAAUCCACGCGAAUUUCUCUUUUAAUUACGUUUACGCUACUGUAACGAAAAGUUUGACUGCCUCUAUGACACGUAACAGAAGCUGCAGAGAACAGGGAAAUGGUCUCAACCGAGCAAGAUGUCAAUCGAUGUCAAGAAGAACUGUCGGAGAUGUGAACCAUUAUGUCUUUAUCGUGCAUUGGCGUAGCCAGAGGCGAAUGUGGUGAUUUUAUUUUUCGGCACGAUCUAUGUCGUAGACUUAGAACCGUCGUCGACGAUCAGAAUUGACAAUUGUCAAAUUCGCGAAUUCGCGAAGCUUGGAAUACUUUUGGUGGAGCACGAAUUACAAGGGGAAUCGAGUGAUCGUUUCCCGAAUCGGGGAUAAAAGCUCUAGCUACGCCACUGCUAUCUGUACUGCUAUCUGUUAAGUCUGUUAAGUGUGUCUCAUUCUCGGAAAACUGCAUUUCACGACGAACACCGCUUUAAGAAGUCUCUUGCGUACAAAUGCUCGAUCGUAGGCCUCCGUUGCGGAUGACACAGUUCUUCGAAAACGUACAAGCCCCCGAAAGGGGUAGGAACUAACUGCAUAUUGUAGAAUUUAUGGAAUGCCCGAUCAAUGUAAACUCACUUGGUUUUACGCAUUCGAUGUGCUACGUCGCUAGCUAAACUAUUUUUCAUCAUGCCCACGAGAAUAAUUUCGAUAAAUUGCGAUAACUUCAUGCAAAAUGAAAACUCUCUUUCGAUUAUUCGCUGUAAUUCAACCAUUCUCUGCUCUUUCUUUUUCUCUCGCUCUUUCUAGUCUUUUCACUUUCCUGUAGCAAAGCGUUUUCGAUUUUUCUACAUUUUGUUUCUUUCGUGUCAAUCUACUCUCGGUUGGAUCCAUUGCAUGCACGAUUAGGGUUGCCAUCUUGAAAUCACGAACCGAAAAUUCAAGAAUUAUAAAUUACGAUUAAUUUUUAACAACUGCUAAACGAUUGACGAUUUAAUGAUUGUUGUGAAUGUAUUUUUUGAGGCAAAAUCUCAGAUUAGGAAUCGAAAAACGGAUGGCAGCCCUACGUACGCCAUUACACUGAUCGAGCUUCGAUCUCUCGUGUCGAUGCCCGCCAUGUUUGUUCCGCUGCAUCGAUGUAAAGACUCGCUUUCUGUUCCCCGCGACUCUUAAAUUCUAAAUUGCCAAGUCUAAAUCACAACUAAAGUAUUGUUCUAAGCACCAAAUCACUGUAUGUAACGCUUGUAAGCAGCUUGUAUUAAAGAUGAGCAACACGAUUUCCGAAUAUCCGAGUUUGGCAAACUUCGUGCGAAGCGAUUUAUGCGACCAGCGACUGA